AAAAAGAGUUCAAACAGUUCUGCGCCACGCAGCUGCGCUCGGACGACGGUGAUGUCAUAUUAUUUGCAUAGUGACUUCCUCCCCCGCCAACACUUCAGCUCAAAGAAAUCGGAUAUGAAAAGUAACGAAGCCGGAGAUGGGAGGGAGAAGAAACUUACUUGUCAGAUGUUUCUGCUGAAGGCGAAGGCGACGAGACGCUGUUUGCAGAGAUGCUGUGUGGGGGUUUGCAGCGUCCAGCUGAGAGGGUGUGAGCCGUUUCCUGCAGCUUUCCAACUGAGCUACUGACUGCGACUUCAGAUCCCUGCCGGGGAGGGAGGUACACGACAGCGGCAGGAAAUUUUGGGUCUUUUUUUGCUCCGUGAAUCGAUGCCUUUCAGUUACAUUGACGACUAACUUUUGCGGAUGAAGACUUGUAUUUAAAGUUUUCGAGAGAAUAAAAUAGCCAACGAAAACUAGAGACCAAGCCACAGACGAGGCAUUAUUAAGUUUUUUCUAGGUAUCGGGGCGUUUGUCGGUGGUGAAGAGGAGAAUGGAUUGGAGCCGAAGUGUGUUGCUGUCUCUGAUCUGGAUUAGUUUCUGCAUUCCCACCACAUGCCUCAGCUCUGGAGCCGGAUCUCCAGCGGAUUCAAGCGCCAAAGAAUUCGCGCAGCCGGCAUCCGGAAAUCCAGAUACUCCUGCAGAUAACUGCAUGACCUUCAGCCCAGCGUGCCUGAAUGAAGAUGAUCGGCAUUCGCUCGAGGCUAUUCGAAUGAUACACAAACAAAUGGAUGAUGAUGCUGAUGGCGAUGUUGAUGUAGAGGAGAGUCACGAGUUCAUUAAAGAAGAUAUGAAGGACAAAGAUCCGACCAGUAAAGGCAAUACAUUCCACAAGGAAGACAAACACAUCACUGUGAGAGAUCUGUGGAGCCACUGGAAAAGCUCACAAGUACACAAUUGGACCAUGGAUGAAACGUUGGACUGGUUAAUUUACUUUGUGGAAUUACCACAGUAUGUAAAGAAUUUCCAGGAAAACAAGAUUCAAGGAACAGAUCUACCCAGGCUAGCUGUGAAUGACAUUCCUUUUAUGGUGAAUAAUUUGAAAAUCACUGACCGGAGUCACAGACAGAAGCUUCAGCUCAAGGCACUGGAUGCUGUACUCUUUGGAGCACCCAUUCGACCUCGUCACAAUUGGUUGAAGGACUUUAUCCUCGCUGUUUCAAUGCUAGUUGGUAUUGGGGGCUGCUGGUUUGCAUUCCAUCAGAACAGGAACUCCAAAGAACACAUUACAAAGAUGAUGAAAGAACUGGAUAGCCUGCACAAAGCUGAGGAAAGCCUGAUGGAAUUUCAAGAGAGACUUCAAAAAGCUCAAGAAGAGAACAGAACCGUUGAAGUGGAGAAGCAAAAUUUGGAGCAGAAAAUGAAAACUGAAAUAAACGACGCCAAGCGUGAGGCUUAUCGCCUGAGGGAACUGCGGGAGGGAUCAGAGACGGAGCUCAGCAGGCUGAAGUAUGCGGAGCAAGAGCUGGUUCAGGUCCGCAUGGCCCUGAAGAAUGCAGAGAAGGAACUAGAGGGUCGCAGUGGCUGGACAUUGCCAGAACCUCUCCAGAAAUGGUUGCAGCUUACCUAUGAAGUGGAGGUUCAAUACUACAACAUUAAGAAACAGAGCGCCGAGCUACAGCUCAAUGGUGUAAAGGAGGAGGCAGAGAAGAUUAAGAAAAAACGCAACACUGUCUUUGGAACAUUCCACGUCGCCCACAGUUCCUCCUUGGAUGAAGUUGAUCACAAAAUCCUGGCAGCAAAGCAAGCUUUAUCCGAGGUGACAGCAGCACUCCGUGAGCGACUGCACCGCUGGCAUCAAAUAGAAAUGAUCUGUGACUUCCCCAUUGUGCAUAAUGUGGGAUUGUCAAGCCUCACCUCCAUUCUGUAUUCGGAUCACAGCUGGGUGGUCAUGCCACGUGUGUCUCUCCCGCCGUACCCAAUAGCUGGCGGAGUCGAUGACUUGGAUGAAGACACACCGCCGAUCAUUCCACAGUUUCACUCACUCAGUCAGGGGAAACUCGCAUACACCUUGGCAAAAGGCAGUAACCCGAGUCGCUGUCGACGUGCCAAUGUGGUUGCAUCUAGCAUUUCGUCUGCCUCCAGCCCCGACAUCUUUGUGAUGAACAGCAGUUGCAACAUUCACCGUAGUGAAGAGGAAGAAGAUGCCAUAUUCUUCACAGCUGAUAAGAAGUGGGAGGCACAGGAGACGGCUUCAGACUGUGACUCUUCUUUUGGAUCAUUGAAUGGAAAGAAAAUGUUUCAAUUGUCAAACUGUGAGGCAGCCAGUACUCCUUCGUUCAGUCUCUCCAAAAGCUCCCUGGACGAUUUGAUUGUUGAUUCAUCAGUGCCUCAUGAGCGGUUAACUGCAAUGCCAGAUUCCCUGGGAUCCGCCGAUACCAGAAGUCUGAUCCUGAGCCCUCUAAAGGCCAGCAGACCCCUUCAGAAUGGCCUUGAGAAGUCGAGCAGCAUGGGACACCUAUCAGCAGCACAGGAUCAUCGAGUCUCGGAGUUUGACACCCAGAGUGAAAAUAGAGCAUUAAAGGAUCUGAAGAGCCUAUCCAAGAGACAAACAGCAUCCCAAGAUUUGAUUUAUAGCACCGACAGAGUAAAAAAGUCAUCCAAGUUAAAAAAAAUCUUCAAGAAAAUAUCGAAAUGAUUGAAGCCAAAGAAUGAUGAUGGUGAAGCUUGAGUCACCGUAAUAUCUGUUUACGAACGCUGCAUUUUAGAUGUUACAUGGAGUCCAACAUUCUUUUGGCCAAAUUACAAAUGUAGAACUAAAUGUUGCACUAUUACCUUCCUGAUCAGGAAGAUGCCUCUAAUUAUAUAAACCGUGUAUAAAGUUUCUAGGGACAUUACUGCAGAAGAGUCUAUGUUUUUACUGUUACAUGUAGAGCUUUCGUAGGAUUUUUAAGGAUUCCAAUUUCUAAUGAUUUAAAAUACAGGAAUUUCUACAGGAAAGAAAGCGAUUUCUAUUUCUUGCAAGUCACAUUUCUUAAACGUUUUACAAAUCUGCUGUACAGAUGAUUAAAUCUGCCUGGCAACUGCGCAGCCUUUUGCUCAUGACAUGUUUUUGAACUUUGAAGAUCGUCCUUGGACUUUACUAAAGAUUUGUGUCAGCUUUCAACAAUCAGCAUUGCUGGUUUCCUCGGCAUCUCACUUGGCUGUGGUGGCAGUGGGGCCUGGCAAAAUAAUGAACUCUUACUUCAAGAUUUCUUGUUGCAGAUUGGCAGUGGAAUCAAAUUCACCGGAAUUUAAUUAGGGUUGUUGGGAUGUUGGGAACUUCUUGAAUGUAUUGAAAAAAAUAAAAUGAAGCAUUACGUUACUGAAA